GCAGUGGGUUAAAAUGUAAACAAUGUUAUCUCGUCAUCGGUUGCCUAUUGCGUGAACGGAUCGAACGGCCAUAAAAAAACCUGAAGCCCUCAGAGCAGUGUGAUAUCCUAGGUUCUAGCUCCUUCCCACCCCAGCGAGUAAUUUGGCGACAGUAACAUCCAUAAUAGGCCUAACAGCGUUCUUUCCGCAUGUCUUUUGGAGCAUAGCUAUUAACUGCAUUCUCUCGCCCGUACUAUCAUUCAUCCUUUCCCCGUCUGUUGCUUCAAGUUUUCUCGUUGAAUCGUUCAAAGGCGCACCACAAAUCCCGUGCACUAUGCUGUUUACACUUAUGUACUUCGCUAUUACCAUUCGUACCUCGUUCAGAUUUAGAGCCAUAAGAAAUAGCAUCAAGCAAACACUGACCGAUCGCUACGCAGUCAGCUUUUACACUACAUCCAAUGGUGCAGGUGGUUCGAUUGCAGAACUCGACUCUCCCGAUGCUUCAGCUGCUGCCAACGUGUCCUCAUGUGUCUGGUAUUUUCCUGACCAACGCGGUUGUCUUGUGUAUCCAGUGCGACGGAUCGCGCUUGAAGAUUGGUUCAACGUUCCGGAGCAAUUGAAAUCCCACGUCGAAUGUGCUGGUACCGAUCUGAACAACGACAUCGUUCAAUUGAUUUUAACGUUGGAAGGCUCGGCCAAUAGGACGGAAGGCUCAUCGGAUCAGGCAGAAGAGUCCGCCGUGAUGUUAAACCGAUUUGGACGGGUUUUAGCGUGGAGGAAUGCACGUAGAUUGGACGUGUUGCUUGAAACUGAUACAACAAGACUGUUUCAGCUAAUCGUGGCAACCUUUGGAAGUGGACGAUUUGAUCUGGACUCCGGUCGAUUGAAAUUGGUGCAGUUAGAGAGUGUUGAAACAUUGGGCGAGCCGAUGCCGUUCGGAGAAUCCAUCACACAUUUUUCAAGUGACUCUCUAUCGAAAAUCCACCAAGAAAGUUUUGCCACUGAUUCUUGGCUAACUGCUCUGCUUGCACUUGAGCGGCUUGAGGACGACCGCCGCUCCCCGAACUAUCCAACUGUUGGCGUACAACCGGACAUUAUUUCAUCCAAUGACAUUAAGAUUUCUUUAGAAGCGAUGGAUGGAACUGUACUUUCUAGUCAAAGCCGGGCCGAUUUACUUUCAAGCGGAAGCAAUUCUCGCAACAGAUCGCAACUGGAUCUUACCGAUGGCCUAACUUCCGUAAAUGGGCACGGCCACACUGACGCCGGAGAGGAACCCGAAGAACGUACUAUUUCGCGAAGCACAACCGAAGAACUGGUGAAGGAUGCUGAGAAAGAUUUAACCGUAUGCAGCAAUACCGUUGCUAUGGUGAACGAUGAAGGCGAAAAGCCUGACGUAGUAGCACCCCCGUUGCUAGUAGCAGUAACCAAUGCCAAAGACUCUCCUACACCCACUGUGGAACCACCGAAAGCAACUGUGGAAGAGGUAACUCUUAACGAAACCGGGAAACUUUCCGAAGACCCCUUAAAAGCCAACCCGAAUCCACCAUUACUGCCAAGUCCACUGACGGCAAAGAGCGAAGCGACCGUAGCACCACCUACAGCGAAGACAAUACGCUCGCUGCGUAAAAGUUCGUUCCCAUCCAGCCGGUUAAGGCUGGGUACGGGCCCGGCGGGCGUUGUAACGAAACCACCGAACAUUCUAGUCCACUCCGAUAGUAGCUCAACGAUGGAGUACGUUAUCGCAACGCUAAACAACCUGCUCGCACCGAACACGUACACCAUUUAUCCGAUCACCACCGGGCAGGCGAUGGCAAGCAGCUGGCAGCAAAGCACGGUACUGAUCAUCGUGGCCGGAACGCUCGAUACGGAGGUGCGAAAGAUUUUGCUAGAUUAUUUCCUGCACGGUGGAACCGUGUUUAGCUUGUGCUCGGAUUUGCUCGAUAUCAUACUGCCGGAUUCGAAAACUGCCGAGAUCCGUGAGCGUGAAUUGGUUAGCUUCUCGUACCGGAAAUGGAAACAGAUCAAAAUGCUGCAUCACAUAUUCUGCUAUCAGCUGUCUCCGGCCAAGAAGCAAUUUUCGCUCGAAUCGGAAGAAACAUCCACGCUGCUGCCAAUAUCAUACGUUGAUGUUACUGACCGCAAAGGAAAACCGCACACCCUGGCGGUGGAGAUAUUGGCACAGGAGGAAACGUGGAAUACGCCCAGCAUACUGGAAGCUCACAACAGGAAAACUGGUGGCAGAGCCAUCUUUUCUCAGAUACAUCUUGAGCUGGACCCGUCACUGUUCCAGUCCAACAUCGACGGAGCGGACAGCUCGCUGCAAAACUCGAACCAACUGCGGUACGAAAUAUUGAGCGAUCUGCUAGGAAGCCGGUUCGGGCUAAAGUUGCGCGAAAAGGGUGGAAGUUCCGAUGAGACGAUUGUCUACAAAGAUUCCUACUUUCUGGGAAGGCAUGAGGAAAAAGUAGCGAUGCUCUCAGCAUUGAAAAGCACCAUGAGCCGUCCGAAUGUAAUUCAAACAAGCGAACUUACUCUGCAGUUUUGUGGCAAAGGGGACAGUACAACAACGCCGGCGUCCGACUCCCAUCUGCCGGUGAUGAUAUUUCACUGUCCGGAAGAUUUUUCCACCGUGGAAUACUUUGAUAACUUGACAACGCACAAGGUAGGUCGCAUCGGGAUCUACGCACCGAUCAUGACUAGCUCCAUGCAGAUCGUGUCCAACCUGACCUUGGCCCAUGGCUUCAUGGUGAUCGCACGCUACCAAACCAAGGGAAAGGGACGGAAUAAUAAUCAGUGGUUAAGUCCUCCGGGCUGUGCCAUGUUUUCGCUCCAGCUACACAUCCCGAUGAGCAGCAUGCUCGGUCAACGGUUGCCGAUAGUGCAGCAUCUUGUGGCCAUCUCGGUAGUUUCAGCCGUACUGUCGCUGCCUGGAUAUGAGAAACUAGAUUUAGGUCUCAAAUGGCCAAACGAUAUCUACGCGUACGGCGCAUCAAAGCUGGGCGGAAGCAUUUUCAACACGCAGGUUGACGCCACUGUUGCCAUCGUGAACGUUGGUGUUGGAUUUAAUUUGAGCAACAGCAAACCAACGCUCUGCUUAAACGAUGUUAUCACUCAGUACAAUGAGAAACACUCCACCAAGCUGCCGCUGCUUUCGUACGAGAAAACGUUUGCCCUUAUCUUCAACAAGCUGGAGGAACUGUACGAUCGAGUGCAGAGCGAAGGGAUUGAGGUGCUGCAGCAGGAAUACUAUCGGCACUGGUUGCAUCAGGAUGCAGAAAUUAGCAUGAUCGGCACGGAAGGUGAGUCGUUGCAGGGCACAAUCGUAGGGAUCGAUGAGUAUGGGUUUCUGCUGGUCAAGAAACAACCGUCCGGUGAAACGGUAUCGGUGCAUCCGGAUGGUAACAGCUUCGACAUGAUGCAAGGAUUGAUCGUCCCGAAAUUCAAUUAAGCAAGUAGGUUACAAUUCCAUUGCUUCCCAUUCUCGUAAAAGACGAUCGAUGGAUCAUCGAACACAAAAGUACCAUUCCUCGCUAUACGCUACUGUUUACAUUCUUUCCCGCUCUGGAUAUCCUAUGGAAUAGGUUUAGGAUUAUCAUGUUGCCGAUUGACAAUGUUUUGGGCUUAGAUAAUUGUUAGACUAUUUAACGUUAUGGGGGUGAUACUUAAAUGGGAAAUGGUUUUUACUUUUAGAAUAAUUAUACGAACUGCCACUAUAUCUUGAUGUGCUUAGUGUGUGACUGUGCGUGUGUGUAUGUGUGCGUUUUUACAACAUCUACAUGUGUCUUUCGAUUUUCUCCACUCGAUUGAAAUUCCUUCACUUGGUGCAAAAGUAUAACUGUUAAACAAUAUAAAUAACUUACCUCGAUUUAAAAAAGCCGCUCCUCAACCUUUGUGCUAAACACGUCAAUAUAUAGCUGUAUUUAUUGAAAGUCUUUCACUCGUCAAAGAUUAGAUAGCAGAUAAAGAGGGAAACUAUAUUUAAAGGCAAGAAAACGGAAGAGUAAAGAUUGUUAACACUUGUUGUAUUUACUGCCUGACGGAAGGAGAGUUGUUAGUAGGCAAAUGUGAUGGUCGGUUGGUUUGCUUCCGUUUGUUUUAUUAGUUCCUAUGAUCACAAACCCCGUUGUUAUCAACCCGAUUGUUGCCAUUUUACCGUCACUGACUACGGAAUACUUAAUUAAUAUUCAAUCGUAUACAAGAAGAAACGCAAGAGAGAAAAAAGAAACAUAACUGCAUGUAAUAAUAAAAGUUUCGAAUUAAAAAUUACAACCACAGUAAAAGGGUAACAAAAUUAAUCAUUCAUAUCAUUGGAGGCACCAAAUACAACUUUCUCGGCGUAUCUAAAAUUGAGCUAUAAAAGUUAAUCAAAACAAAACAUCAAAAAAACCUAAACCGCUAGUAUCCAUUCUAAAUCAAAACAGCUUAGCUAGAAAUGAUAAAGAAGGUACAUUCUCAUUAAAUAAAUCGUACCGGUGUUACUCAAAAUUCAGCCACAGCUUAGGCCACAAAUUAAAAGCAAUUUCGACUAAAUGUGAAUCUUGUUCGAUGUCCACUAUUUAGGAAAAAGAAUAAAAGAAUUACAUGUCCAGCUUAGCCUA